GAAGCGCUAAAUCCACGGGGGGCGUCCGCCCGGCUGUCCAGCACCUUCCGACGCGUCCACCCGGUCGUGACGCGCGACACUGACGCUCAGACGCGCAGCCACGGGACAGACUACUAGAAUACUGCCCGUAUCUUCACUUCAUCCGCGGGUGCAGUCAGUGAAGGUCGCGGGACUUUUGUUGUCGUUACCGGAGAGCGCGCGCGUGGAAACGGCUCAUGGACGCAUCAUGUCUACGUUUGUGUGUCGGGUUCAGUUUUUAGACGAUACCGAUCCGUUCAACAGCACCAGUUUUCCCGAACCGAGCAGACCUCCACUUUACACAUUCAGAGAAGAUAUACCGGUGAUAAACCAGCUCGCGGGGAUCCACAGACUCCUCAAAGCUCCACACAAACUCGAUGACUGCGCUCUUCAGCUCUCUCAUACUGGAGUUUAUCUUGAUCUGGAGUUAUCUCUGUCUGAACAAAGAGAUGAACUCGAAGGAUUUCAGCAGGAAGACUGUGGAGGGAGGGGAAAGAAACACAGCAUGAUCUUACGAACUCAACUGAGUGUUCGGGUUCACUCGUGUAUCGAGAAGCUGUAUGAUUCAAAUGGACGUGACUUGAGAAGAGCUUUGUUUUCUCUCAAGCAGAUAUUUCAGGAUGAUAAAGACCUCGUGCAUGAGUUUGUGAUGGCUGAAGGUCUCACCUGUUUGAUAAAAGUCGGUGCUGAGGCGGAUCAGAAUUAUCAGAACUACAUCCUCAGAGCUUUAGGUCAGAUCAUGCUGUAUGUGGACGGGAUGAAUGGGGUCAUAGGUCACUCUGAGACCAUACAGUGGCUCUAUCAUCUCAUUGGCUCAAAGUUUCGUCUGGUGGUGAAAACAGCCUUAAAACUGCUGCUGGUGUUUGUGGAAUAUUCUGAAGCCAACGCAACACUGAUCAUACAAGCUGUUAACAGUGUGGACACCAAAAAAGGCUGUAAGCAGUGGUCAAAUGCUAUGGAGAUUUUAUCAGAGAAGGACGGCGUGGACACAGAACUUCUGGUGUAUGUCAUGACUCUCAUCAACAAGACACUGGCAGCUCUUCCGGAUCAGGAUUCGUUCUAUGAUAUGGUUGAUGUUCUGGAGGAGCAGGGGAUGGAGGCUGUGUCCCGCAGGUAUCUGGGCCGUAAGGGAACCGAUCUGGACCUACUGGAGCAGCUGAAUAUAUAUGAGGCGACUCUUCGUCAUGAGGACGGUGAUGAAGACUGCUUGCCCCCGUCCUCCGGUCGCCGUGAGAGACGCCGCUCCAGUGUUGGGGGAGAAGAGAGACGAGGCUUGCAGAGACGUCGCAGCCGCAGGCAUUCGUUGGGUAGAUCAAGCCACGCCUCCCCAUGCCACACAAAUGGAAAGGACAUUAAUGAAAGAACACAUUUGAUGCACAACACAAAUCAUCUGCCAGCCAUAGAGGAAGAUGAGGAUGAAGCUCUGCUCACAGAGUCUUCUGAUGAUGAUGAUGAGGGGGAAAUGAAUCCUUCAUCAUGUGUCAUCAGUGAAGAUCCUCUCAGUCAGCACAAAGAAAACAUAAACCCUGAAGAUAACUGCUUGACUCCGCCCCCUGAUGACCCCGCCCAACCCUCUCUACUGGCAUCUCUACUCGCACAUCGCAAGUUGUCCGUCAGCGUGCCGCCAACCAAUGAGGUGAGCCCUCCUCUCCGCGGAUCUGCUCGGCCUCUGGACCGUCUGCCGUACCUCCCGCACUCGCCCUUCUUCCUCUUCUCUUAUGAUGAAGAGAAACCGCAGGAGAAGAGCAGGUCAUUUUCUGCCGUCAGUUCUCCAUCAUCAGCAGUCAGACAGCAGAAUGAGAAGCCGGCUCAUGGUGGACUCUUGUCAUCAUCAUAUCGUCAGCAUCAGGAGUCUUUGGCUGCAGAGAGAGAAAGACGACGAGUCCAGCGAGAGGAAAGACUUCAGAAGAUUGAGAGAGAGGAGAGAAACCGACACAGUCGUGACUAUUUGUUAAACAUGGAGGAGGCCAGACACGCUCGAGAGGAGAGGUUUAAGACGGCAGAGCGUCUCGCUGCUGAGGAGUUUGAGAGAGAGCGAUUACGUUCAGCACCUCGUGGUAUCAGUCUCACUCUGAGUCCAUCUGACAACUGUCAAUCAUCCCGCAGUUCCACACCCACCUCUAUGACAUCACAGGAUGACCAGGACACGCCUGUCGAGUCAUGCCUACCAUCUGAACCAGAUCCAGAUGUAACGCCAGCUCUUGAAGUUGAGGAGAAAGAGCCAGAGGAACCCACAGAAGAACCAGAGGAGGAAGAGGAAGCGGAGGAGAUAAGUGCUGAACAGGAAGUCGGCGGAGCUGAGGAACAGGUGGAGGAGGAAGAGGAGGAGCCUGAAGUGGAAGCUCAGGACGAAGAGGUGGAAGACAGCGGGAUUUUGAGCGAUAAAGAACGUCAGAAUGAAGAAGUGAACGAGAAAGACAACUGCUCCGCCUCCAGCAUCUCUUCAGCCAGUAGUACACUAGAAAGAGAAGACAGAGUCACUGGAGUCAACACUGAGACCGGUCAGUGGUCUCAGAGCAUCAAAGAUGUCAAUGUGAACGAAGAACGAAACAAGAUCCUUAACAGUAAACUCUUUAUGCUGGAUAUGCUGUAUUCACAGAGCAAACAGCCCUCAGAGGAAGAUGAGGAUGAGGAGGAACAAGAUUCAAGAGAGAAAGAACAGGCUGAAGAUUCAUCUGUGUCAACGCAGGAAACGCAGCAUCCACAGGAGGACGACGUCAACCAUAAAACGGAAGAAGAAAAGAAAGUAGAGAACCAGAGCAAUGUACGAGCGUUUGCCGAGCGUUUUGGAGACCUGGUGAAGGGUCUCACCUCUCCGCCGGUAGAACCCAAGGAAGCCCCGGAGAAACAGCCGCCUCCUCAACCUCCGAAAAAGGAGUCAGACUACAUCUGGGAUCAGUUGAUGGCGAGUCCUCGGGAACUCCGCAUCGGUGACAUCGAUUUCACCGAUUUGGGAGAAGAGGAGGAUCGGGACGUCCUGGAUUCUGAAAGUUUUCUGAGCUCUGGAGAUUUACCCCCGCCACCGCCUCCACCCCCCUGCCCCUUCAAUCUACCACCACCUCCUCCUAUGUUUGGUUGCCCCCCACCUCCGCCCAUGUUCAACAUACGAAUUCCUCCUCCCCCUCCCUGUUUCUCCUCCUCAGCCCCGCCUCCCCCUCAGCACCAGUCCGGGUCGCCUCCAUCCCCUCCACUGUUCCAGAAAAAGAAGAAGACUAUCAGGCUGUUUUGGAGUGAGGUCCGACCUUCUGACUGGAUCUACCGUCACCACAGACGAAGUCAGGAGUCGCUGUGGACCAGACUUGAACCUGUUAAACUUGACACCUCUAAACUCGAGACGCUCUUCGAGACCAAGUCCAAGGAGAUGCCCGUAACCAAGAAAACCGCAGCAGAUGGAAAGCGACAGGAGAUCAUCGUCCUAGAUUCUAAACGCAGUAACUCCAUUAACAUCGGUCUCACGGUCCUCCCACCUCCCCGUACCAUCAAAACAGCCGUACUCAACUUUGAUGAAUAUGCGCUUAACAAGGAGGGAAUCGAGAAAAUCCUCACCAUGGUUCCCACAGAGGAGGAGACCCAGAAGAUUCAGGAGGCUCAGUUGUUGAAUCCUGAUAUUCCUCUAGGCAGCGCUGAGCAGUUUCUCCUGACGCUGUCAUCCAUCAGUGAGCUCAGGGCCCGUCUGCAGCUUUGGGCUUUUAAACUGGACUAUGAGGUCACUGAGAAGGAAGUGGCUGAACCUCUACAGGACCUGAAGGAAGGCAUGGAUCAGCUGGAGAAGAAUAAAACGCUACGAUACAUCUUGUCCACUCUGCUCGCUAUCGGCAAUUUCCUGAACGGAACAAAUGCUAAAGGCUUUGAUCUGAGUUAUCUGGAGAAGGUUCCAGAAGUAAAGGACACGGUCCACAAACAGUCUCUUCUGCAUCAUGUCUGCAGUAUCGUUGUGGAGAACUUUUCAGACAGCAGUGACCUUUACUCAGAGAUCGGAGCGAUAACACGUUCGGCUAAAGUGGAUUUUGAUCAGCUGCAGGAGACCUUGACUCAGAUGGAAUGGCGCUGCAAAGCAUCAUGGGACCACUUAAAAGUCAUCGCAAAGCAUGAGAUGAAGUCCACGCUGAAGCAAAAGAUGUCAGACUUUUUAAAGGACUGUGCUGAGAGGAUCAUCAUCCUGAAAACAGUACACAGGCGAAUCAUGAACAGAUUUCAUUCAUUUCUGCUGUUCCUGGGUCAGCCGGCGUACAGCGCACGGGAGGUCAGUGUAAAUCGUUUCAGUCGGAUCAUCAGUGAAUUUGCCCUGGAGUACCGGACCACACGUGAGCGCGUUCUUCAGCACAAACAGAAACGAGCCGAUCACAGAGAGAGAAACAAAACACGCGGCAAAAUGAUCACAGACAUCAACACACAGGUCAACACACAGACUGAUGAUGAAGAUGACAGUGAGGCGGGUCGGUCAGGUGUGGGCAGCAGUGUUACCCCGGUAGUAGUGCAGAAGACUGAGCCACAGGGUUUGGGUCACGCAGAAAACGCAGCAGAUCAUGAGCAGAUGAAGGCAGUACUCAAGACCGGCCUGCAGGGCGGCGACAGCGACAGCUCUGUUGUGCCUGGAUUACGAAUCCGCACACGCACUCGAGCCAGCCGAGGUCGCACCGCCUGGGCCGCUGCAAAUGAAGAAUCACAGUGCGUUAAAGAUGAUGCUGCAGAUGACAUCAUGGAGAGGAUUGUACGUUCAGCCACUCAGAAUCCUCGAGAAAGAGCGCAACCCCGUGAACGACGACGCUCACGUGCAAAUCGAAAGUCACUGAGAAGGACUUUAAAGGGCGGUUUGACCCCAGAGGAAGCUCAGGCACUGGGAUUGGAUACAUCAGAGAUGUCAAUGUGAUCAGACGAAUGAUUGAGCCUCACUGAUGCCUUUAGCUGAACUUAUCUCAGGUGGAUUCAUACUGAAGGAACAACACAUUCAAUUAAACAGCUGCCAAUUCUUCUUAUCUCUCAGAUAUAUUUUCAUGCCAAAUAUUACUGUAUGAUGUCACUGCUUGUUAUUCUAAGCCACACCCACCCCGCCAAUCAGAAGCCUUUUAGCAGCUACAUUUUAGUCUGUGAGGGAUUUUACACUGACAUGUUUAAAUGUCAUUUACAUGGGAUUUGUUAAGAGAUGUUGUAAACAUUUUAACUAUUAAUGACUGUAAAAAAGUCAAAAUAAACUUUAUCUCAGGGUUCCUAAUUCUUCCCUUUCAGAGGUGAACAGUACAUAAGUAUUUUUACUCCACUUAAGUACAUUUUUCAAGUAUCUAAUCAGAGUUUUUUCUUGAGAAAACUUUUACUUUACUACAUGUUAAAGCAUAAUAUCAUCCUAUCUUAUUCCACUACAGCCAUGCUUUCACAGAUAAGGCAGGACUAAACCUUAGUUAAAUUAAGAUGUUUAAGCAUUUUUAUAAACAUGCCUUAGAAAAAAAAUGAUACUUAGUUGUAUCUUGAGAUAAAUCAAUAGCACUGGCAUAUUUUCUCUAUUAAGAUCUGUAUGUGCUAGUAAAACCAUGAUUAAUUUUCGUAAGGUAAAAGUAUGUUAAUAUGCUUUGGAAUGUAGUGAAGUAUGUUUUCCAAAGAAAAACUGAUGAAGUACAUAUAUUUGAAAAUGUACUUAAGUAGAAAGUAAAAAUAGUUCACUAUUGUUCAUUUUGUUUGUUUCAUCUCGGAGAUAAACGCAGCACCAUGUACUGAAGGUUGAGCUUGUGAGGAAUCAAACAGUGUUGUGAAUGUUACAGACUACUGUAAAUGAUCUGUUUUAGUCAGAUGAAUACUAGUGAUUUGAUCAGACUGAGAGAUGAUACUUAGGUUUAUUUAUUUUAAAUGUGCAAAAGUAAAGGCAUAGAAAAACCCUCUUGACUUCUAUAGAAACCCCAUCAGAUAUGUUCUCUAAAAAUGAUUCAAAUUGUACAAAACUCUAAAAAUACAAUAUUUUUGAACAAAGACUGUAUAAAUUAUUUCUGCCCUUUUGUGUUCAUUUUGUAUUUUCUGUAGAUUUGUGUCAAAUGUUAAUUUAAGAAAUGCAAACACAGUGUUUAGAGGACGUACACAGCUUGUUGUAAAAACAGAAAAGGUUUUCUCUAACAGAACACACGUUUUUAGUUUUGUCAAUGUUUAGAAAGAAACUUCUGUUAUAUUUUAUUUGCUUUUUGGUUUCAAAAGACACCGUACAGAAGAACAUCUGCUCAACUCAAGCCUUUCGUGUUUAAUAGUUUCUUUAGUUUAGCACGUGAAAGCUGAAGUCAUUUUGCAAAAAAGAUUUUCUUCUGAAUUCACACAUGUACACAUUCUGCAAUAAAAACCCUCUGAAAAACAA